CCGCGAGAUCCUGCUCGCGCGAGCUGGGCCUCCGCGGGGAGACCCUCCCCCACUCGGCCGCCCCCUCCCGCUCCCAGCGCCGGCCCGGGCGGGCUCCCCCUCACUUCCUGCUGCUGCCUCACGCGGGGAGCGAGCGGAGCGCAGUGCAGCGGGCAGCGGCGGCGGGCAGCGGCGGCGGGCAGCGGCGGCGGGCAGCGGCGAGUAGCGACAGGAGGCGAGCGCAGGGCCAGCCCGCUACCAGCCUCCGAGCGCCGCGGUCAGCGCGUCCGGGCCGGGGCCAGGCGGGCCGGCUCCCUGGGCGCCUGUGCCCGCCGCCGGGCCCGGGGCCGCUUUGUCUCGGGCGUCGGUCCGGGGGGCCGCGGGGCUCCCCCCGCCCCAGGGACGCCCCUUCCCGGGGCCGGCCCGGGGCCCGGGGCGGGGGGAGGGGGCCGGCCACGAUGGGCCCCAAGCGCAGGCAGCUGACGUUCCGGGAGAAGUCCCACAUCAUCCAGGAGGUGGAGAAGAACCCGGACCUCCGCAAGGGUGAGAUCGCCCGGCGCUUCAACAUCCCGCCGUCCACGCUGAGCACCAUCCUGAAGAACAAGCGCGCCAUCCUGGCUUCGGAGCGCAAGUUCGGUGUGGCCUCCACCUGCCGCAAGACCAAUAAGCUGUCCCCGUAUGACAAGCUCGAGGGGCUGCUCAUCGCCUGGUUCCAACAGAUCCGCGCUGCCGGCCUGCCCGUCAAUGGCAUCAUCCUCAAGGAGAAGGCGCUGCGCAUCGCCGAGGAGCUGGGCAUGGAGGACUUCACGGCCUCCAAUGGCUGGCUGGACCGCUUCCGCCGCAGGCACGGGGUCAUGUCCAGGAACGGGGUGACCAAGAGCCGGUCCCAGCCCUCAGCCCCUGCCCAGCCGCCGCCUCCUCCUCGGGCCCCGGCCCCUGUGCCAGCGGCAGAUGGUGGUGGUGGUGGCGGCAGCAGGAGGUGGAGGGAAGAGCUGCUGCCCUCCUUGGCCGAGGGCUAUGCCUCGCAGGACGUCUUUAAUGCCACCGAGACCAGUCUGUGGUACAACUUCCUACCUGACCAGGCCCCCGCCCUUCGAGGGGAGGCCCGGCCCAGUCCCCGGCGAGGCACGGAGAGGCUCAUCGUGCUCCUCUGUGCCAAUGCAGAUGGGAGCGAGAAGCUUCCCCCGCUGGUGGUGGGCAAGUUGGCCAAGCCCCGGGGAUCCCGGGCAGGCCUGCCCUGUGACUAUACAGCCAACCCCAAGGGUGGCGUCACUGCCCAGGAGCUAGCCAAGUACUUAAAGGCCUUGGAUGCCCGCAUGGCCGAUGAAUCCCGCAGGAUCCUGCUGCUGGCCAACCGACCUGCUGCCCCAGCCUUAGACACCUCCGACUUGCGUCAUGUUCAAGUGGCCUUCUUCCCAUCCGACACCCUCCAGCCCUUGGAGCGAGGUGUUGUCCAGCAGGUCAAGGGUCACUACCGACAGGCGCUGCUGCUCAAAGCCAUGGCUGCCCUGGAGGACCAUGACCGGUCCCGGCUGCAGCUGGGCCUCACCGAGGCUUUGCGCUUUGUGGCCGCCGCAUGGGAUGCCGUGGAGCCCGCAGACAUUGCGGCCUGCUUCCGUGAGGCCGGGUUCGGGGGUGGCCCUGGACCGGACAUCGAUGAGGCUGUCAAGAGUGAGGAGGAGGAAGAGGAGGAAGAAGAGGAGGAGGAUGAUAAUGAGGAGGAAGAGGAGGAAGAGGAUCAGGGCGAGGAAGAGGGAGAAGAAGAGGGAGAGGAGGGAGAAGAAGGAGAGGAGGAGGAGGAGGAAGAGGAGAGCUCAUCAGAGGGGCUGGAGGCUGAUGACUGGUCCCAAGGUGGGGGGGAGGCAGGUGGGAGUUUUGUGGCUUAUGGAGGUCAGGAUGAGCAGGGCUGCCCUACUGUUCAGCUCCUGGAGGCAGGGGAGGACUCGGAAUCAGAGAGUGAUGAGGAAGAGGAAGAGGAGGAGGACGAUGACGAUGACGACGACGAUGACGAUGAGGAUGACGAUGAUGACGACGAGGUGCCCGUGCCCAGUUUUGGAGAGGCCAUGGCGUACUUCGCCAUGGUCAAACGGUACCUGACGUCCUUCCCCAUCGAUGACCGAGUCCAGAGCCACAUUCUCCACUUGGAGCACGAUUUGGUCCAUGUGACCAGAAAGAACCAUGCCAGACAGACAUCCCGAGCCUUGGCACACCAGAACUUAGCCUGACCAGCUGUCCCCGGACGCUGGCCCAGGCGCACCCCAGCCCUGCCAUGGAAGGGACCAGGUGGUGAUGGGGGUGGGGAACUGUUUCCAACAUGGGGUUUGACUCCCCUGGGUGAUGCCCCUCCCCCGGUGCCCCUGGGCUCAGCCCUGUGUCUACCUGGGAGCUGGCUGAAAGUCCUUCCUGUUGCCUUUCCCUUUCCCCUCCUCCCUCCCCACCUUUUGCUCCCUCCUUCCCCUAGCUGCCCCCAGGGCUAGGAUGCCGGCUGUGAUUGGCAGGGCAGUGUGUAGAGCGGGAGGGCUCCUUCUGAGCAGGCCCCACCCCAGGGUGCCCUAUAAAUACUGAGCAGCAGGGGCAGCUGGGGGCAGGGGCCGGGCCCGAGACUGGGACGGAUAGGAGGUGUUGGCCUGCGGACCCCCAUCCCCUUAGCCUCUCGCUUUUCACACUCUGCAUGGAGAUCCCACACUAGGGAAGGGGGCCAUUUCUAGUCGGGUUCCUGAGGAGGGCCUGCCUGCCUGCCAGGGAACCUUCUCAAGUGCCCACAGGGCUCCCCCAGCCCCAAAGGGAAGCUUUUGAGAGAAGCACAGUCUCCCCCCCCUCCCGGCGCCCCUCCCUGGCCUCUGAUAUAUUGUUUUCAAACCAAGGGCUCAUUUCUUCCUGGCCCGGGCUCCCAGGGGGGCCCCUGGGUGGCCGUAGUGAGGUGUAAGGGCAGGAGGGGCCCACGGGCCGGGCCUCCAUCGGGCUAGAUCAGGACCCCAAAGCUGCCACAUCUUGCCUCGUCCCUCGGGCUCCCCCUUCUCUCUCCGGAUGGUCUCUUCCCCAACUGCUGCAAGUUGCCAGGGGAGUGGGGGGGCCUCCUAACCGGCAGGGGGGGGUCCCUGGUUGGGUCGAACUGCCCUCCGGCUAUUUCUUUUCCUAGUCUGAAUUCAAUAAACCCUUCCCACCCCCUUUUGCUGGGGGUCGGGUGUUUUAACA